UCUACACAAAAUAUAAAAAUACAGUAAAGUAAAUUUAAAAAAUAAAAAGUAAUUACAGCCGAAAAGCAGCAGAAAACGAAACUAUAAAAAGUGGGAAACACGAUAACAACAACCACAACUGACACAUCGCGAGCGAUAUGUUAGGUGAUUAGUGCAACACAUGAAAUAAUGCACUAAAAACUGAAAAGACGCAAAGCCACACAAGCAACAAGCAACAACAACAAGCAACAAGAACUACGAGCAAGUGCUAUUGUGUCGGAUAACCAUUUGGCUGGAAAGAAAUUGAAAAUAUAAGUGAAUAAGUUGAAAUUCAUUGAAAGCUGUUAAAAAGCAGAUAACUUCUAAAAGUGAAUUGCAACCAAAGUUGUCGUGUUUGUGCCCGAGCUUUAAUUUAUAAAUUCUGGAAAUUUCAAAGUUUUAAAUUGCAACCAAAUUCAUACAAAACCAACAAAAAAGUAGAAAAGCGAUCAGUGGAAAUAAAUUACUAAGUGAAUUAAAACAAACAGCCAACCAGCAACACUUGGUUGCAAACAAUUUACAUUAGCAUAUACUGAGUACUGUUAAAACAACAACUUGGAUAAUAAAACAACAACAAUAUAUACCAGCAGCAAUUUACAAUUGUGCAAUUGAUAUCGCUUUGAUGCCAAUUAGCCAGAUUGCCAGCUAAAACGCUGCCUGACUAACAGCCUCUGUGGAGCCACUUAACAGCAAACAAAACUAUAAAGUAAAUACAAGAAAAAACAACGAGAGUAGUCCAAAUAAAAACAGCAACUUCAACUUCAAUAUGGAUAGAGUAAUUUUCGCCAGCUCAGCUAUUUGCUGCAACAUUUACAAGAACAAUAAAAACAGUAACGAACACUAUCGGCAAGCGAGCAACAGUAGCGGACGCAAAAUGUUACCCUCUCUUGUGAUAUUUCUUUGCGUUGGACUAUUACCGGCAGUUUUAUGUUUUGAUGGGCUGCAGGGUCAAUCUAUUAAGGAUGCCUUCGGCGAGUUCUCACUGACGGACAUGAUCAGCGUACAAUCGCAAGGUAUCGAAUAUGAGGAGGCCGAUGAUGGCUUUCCCUCGUAUAAAUUUUUCUCCACAUCAGAUGUUAAAUCAUCAUAUCGAGUCUUACUGCCGGAAAAACUCUACGAAUUUGCGAUACUUGUCAAAUUUCUUCCAAAUAGUCCCAAAGGUGGCUACCUCUUUAGUGUAGUCAAUCCUCUGGACACUGUCGUACAAUUGGGCUUACAUCUAUCGCCAGUGAUUAAAAAUGUCUGGAAUGUUUCACUGCUCUACACCCAAUCGGAUCAAAACUCCAUCAGCCGGAAAUUAGUCAGCUACCAAUUGCCAUAUAGGGGUAAGGAGUGGACAACACUUUCUUUUCAGGUACUCGGCGACAAGGUGCUCUUCUACUACGAUUGCGAAUUGAAUAAAACAACAUCGGUGGUACGAGAACCACAGGAGUUGGUCUUCGAUUCUGCAUCAACUUUAUAUUUAGCACAAGCAGGCCUCAUACUGACCGGACACUUCGAGGUAAGUGAUUUUGGUUGUGAUUUAUUAUUUGCCAUUGUAAAUUUAAUUAAAAUGCCUUCUGGGAAAGUACACAUGUUGGAGAGCGAAUUUGAAAUUUCGAGUUAUUUCUUAAUAAGCAACGGAUUGCGUACAUGCACAUAUUUUUCUACCACUUAG